AUGCUACAGAUCAUUCCAUCGCUUGCAUAUGUGAGGGGUGAUGAGCAGAGCACAGAGGACAUUCCUACAGAUAACCGCCCAGAUGACUGUAUCAGGAACUCAAAGGAACAUCUCAUAAGUUCAGAUGAUGAUUGUGGUGUCACACAAGAUAUAUAUGAAGAGCAUGUCAAUAAUCAAGAUAUACCCUCAGCCCUUCACAGCAAAGAUCUUUCAUGUGAUCCUUUUAAACGGGUCCGAUCUUCUGAUUCAUCACAGACUGUAACUCAAAAUAAAAGUCACAGAAGAGGUGUUAAACCUCAAGCAACUCGCAUAAAGGAGAAGCCAUUUUCAUGUUUAGAAUGUGGGAAAUAUUACAGUUAUAAAUCACAACUCGUUACACACCAGAGAACGCACACAGGGGAAAAGCCAUUUUCAUGUUCAGAAUGUGGGAAAUGUUUUUCUGUAAAAAAAGAUCUUGUUACGCAUCAGAGAAUUCACACAGGAGAGAAACCAUUUUCUUGUCCAGAAUGUGGGAAAUGCUUUGUAGACAGUUCAAAUUUUUUUAAACAUCAGAAAAGUCACACAGCAGAGAAGCCAUUUUCUUGUUCUAAAUGUGAUAAAUGUUUUUCUUUAAAAAAAUAUCUUGUUCGACAUCAAACAACUCACACAGGAGAGAAGCCAUAUUCAUGUUUAGAAUGUGGGAAAUGUUUUGCUGUAAAAAAAUAUCUUGUUAUACAUAAAAGGAUUCACACAGGGGAGAAGCCAUAUUCAUGUUCAGAAUGUGGGAAAUGUUUUAUAAAUAGUUCAAAUCUUUUUAAGCAUCAACAAAGUCACACAGGGGAGAAGCCGUUUUCAUGUUCUGAAUGUGGAAAAUGUUUUAAUGAUAAAUCAGUUCUUGUUAAACAUCAGAGAAUUCAUACAGGGGAGAAGCCAUUUUUAUGUUCAGAAUGUGGGAAAUGUUUUGCUGUAAAAAAAUAUCUGGUUACACAUCAAAGAACUCACACAGGGGAGAAGCCAUUCUCAUGCUCAGAUUGUGGGAAAUGUUUUAACCAGAAAUCAGCUGUUGUUGUACAUCAGAGAACUCACACAGGGGAGAAGCCUUACUCAUGUUCAGAAUGUGGGAAAUGUUUUAACUUUAAAUCAGCUCUUGUUAGACAUCAGAGAAUUCACACAGGGGAGAAGCCAUUUUCAUAUUUGGCCUGUUAGUGACGUGUCUUUACAGUGGUCACUAAAUUUCUUUAUUCCAAUAGAUAUGCCAUUUUAUAGUGCUGUAUUAGAAUAAAAUAGCCCAGGCAGGUAAAACAGCACCUUGGUUUCAGCUACCGGAGGUAGCUAAAGGCUUGGAGCAAUGAUCGGGGCCACUGUGAGAGGUCUCUGAGCGCACAUGAUCUGAUGUAUUGAAUGAUCAACAGACAAAUACAGUUAAAAGUGAAAAUAAGUAAUGAGUAAUAUUCUCAAAUAUUAGAAUAUUGUGCAAUGUAACAAAAUGAAGGUUUAACCAGUGGUGGGGCUUUAUAUAACAGCAUGACAGUACAUUUGAUUGGUUAUAUUGUUUUUAGUUGGUGAGGUUUGUCAGCUAUCAGCAGUAGAGAUGAGCGAAAUUCUGUUUUAGAAGUUAGGCUUCCGGUUACCACAGAAUUGCGUUAUGGAUCCUGUGACCAUGGACCAUAGCUUAUGGACCGUGGUCACGGGGAUCCGUAACGCAAUUCUGUGGUAAACGGAACCCGAACUUCUAAGACAGAAGUUUUCUCAUCCCUAAUCAGCAGCCUCUAAAAAUCUUUAUUUUUUUUUUAGAUAAAUUCUUGCAACAAACCUGAGGCGCAGAUGGGGGAACGGUCUGUUCUCUGUUCUUCCAUCUGUAACCUUUUUGCCUAUCACUAAUAGACAUUUUCUAUUUUUAAUAGACAGAUAUAAUGUAUAUCGCUGUGUUUUUUUGUUUAUUCUUUAGAUUUUAACAUAUUGCCUCAAAACCUGUGAAGCCACCAUGGAUCCCAAAUUUUAUGAAACAGUUAUAAAAAUAUAAGGGGUAAAAUAAAAGAAUAACCGAUCUGAUAACCAGAUUCUCCGCAAAACAUGUGUUGCAUGUCCUGAAUCUAACCAUACAUGUUUUACAGUAUGAGAUAUUUAAAAUGUCUUAGCCGCACCAUUUCAUCCUCCAGAGGCUGGCUAACUACAUACAAAAAUGGAAAGUUGUAUGACACAAUUCUAACGCGUAGAGGGUUAAUAGGACUGGAAACUUGUACAAUAUAUUUUUAUCAAACCAGGUGUACGAAAGACAAAUAUGACAAUUAUUUCAACCACUAUGUUAUUUCGAGAGUUUCCUAAGGCCGAAAAUCCUGGAACUAAGUUACCAAAUCAUAAAAACAUGAAUUAUGACAUUACAUACAAAAGGCUGGCUCACGGUCCAUAGAAAACAAAAAAAAUUUUAGAUUACAAAUAUUUGCCCAAAUUAAAAAUAUAUAUAAAAACAUCAAUGAUUCACAAUCAUGGUCCCUAAUUUAUAUCUAAUUGCGGAGCUCACGCAAAUAGAAUUUAAAAAAUUGUUCAUUAAUGCGGUAUAAAAAUAUAUCCAGUUCACUACUGGUUCAUAUUCGGUUAUUAAUCCAGAACUGUCGUGACUGUCUUUCCACUUCUAUAUUAUUUUUAGCUUAAAUAUUGUUAGCAAUAAUUAAUAUAGUGGUGAAAUUACCCCUUUUUCCUCCUUAUGCUAUAGAGCCAGUUUAUAUUGGCCAGUGUUCGGUGGCUACAAUCCACCACCGUGCUUUCCUUAUCUUAAAUGUCGAUGCUGAUAGACAAUACUGAGAUGGAUGUCUAAACUAGACUUGUUGCAUGCGUUAUCUGGGAGCAUUAAUUCUCAGCAGCUCCCACUGUCUCGUUUUCCAAUACAGUUUAGCUUCAAUGUGCAGAGAUUUUGGCAAUGUUAUUUUUCGUUCACCUCUGCUCCCACAGCAACGUUCGUUCUUACUGUUCUCCUGUGUGUCGGCAUGCACAAUGGGAGCAUGGUAAGAGAGAUGGCCUUGCGGUUUACCUGGCGUUCAUUUCGCGGUGAACUUUUGCGCGUUCGCUGAACAUA